GAGGGGAAAGGAAGAGCUUCGCUGGCUUCGGUGUCACGGCUGUGUGCCUUGUGUGUGGAAGUCAUUUCAUUGUGGAUCGACUGCUAGCAGACGAGAGAAGAGAGAGAGAGAGAGAUGAGUGUGUUUCUUUCUGUGAUCGUGAUAAAAUAAAAUUUAAAAGAAAAUAAUUGAAGAAAAAUGUAUAGAUAACACAGAUCUAGAUCUAAAUGAGGCGGCUAAGUUUGUUCUAUGGAUGUAUAUGUGAGCCAUAAUUGUUCUAUUUCGUAAUUUCUGUGAUAUUAGUUUCUGCAUUGGAUUACCUUGACUUGUGUGUGCUGAAUCUACCCGAGGAGUUAGAGCGAGGGGGGUUUUAUUUCCAUAAGCAACGAGCAGGAGGAAACUAAAAAAAAUGGCCGACGCUGGAUGGUUUUCGGUGGCACAAUGCUUCAAAGCGUAUGUCCUAUUUCUUGUAGUAUCUCUUUCUCAGUGUCAAACUCUUAGCACGGCCUGCAUAGAGGUUAAGAAAGCUUAUGCAGCCAAAGGAUUUGAUGAAAAUGAGGUUCCGCUCAAGGCAGUUUCAGGGGAAGAGUUGACGAUAUGCCCUCGCACGGAAACAUGCUGCACUCGCGAUAUGGAGGAUAAAUUGACCUCACUGAGCCGGAAGGAAUACGUCAGGCAGCUCGAGGAAUCUUUCAAAUUGUUAAAAACCACGUUUGCUUCUAGGACUAAGAAAUUUGAUGAUUUUUUCGUCCAGUUGAUUGAUAAAGCUCAGCUGGAUCUUCACGAGAUGUUCCUUCAGACGUACGGGCUCCUGUACCAGCAGAACGCAGCCAUCUUCACCAAGCUCUUCACUGACCUUCGCCAUUACUACAAGGGCAAGGACAUGAACCUUAGCGAGGUCAUGGAUAGCUUCUUUAGCAAGCUGCUGCAGAGGGUGUUUGAGCUCGUCAACAGCGGCUACGUCUUCACUAGCGACUACCUAGGCUGCGUGACGGACAAGAUGAACGACCUGAAGCCUUUCGGCGAAGUGCCCAUCAAGCUGUCCACGCAGGUCAGGAAAGCGUUCAUCGCCGCAAGGACGUUUGUCCAAGGGUUGAGCAUAGGGAAGGAUGUAAUUAACUCUGUGUUUGAGAUAACUCCGUCAGAAGCCUGUAUCAAGGCUUUUGUCAAAAUGACCUACUGCCCACACUGCCGCGGACUGACCUCCACCAGGCCAUGCAACAACUAUUGCCUCAACACCCUGAAGGGCUGCCUGGCCUAUCAGUCUGACCUGAACGUCCCUUGGAAUGAGUUCAUAGAUGCCCUGUACCAAGUGGCCACGCGCCUGGAGGGACCAUUUAACAUCGAGACUGUUGUGGACCCAAUGAAUGUGAAGAUCUCGGAGGCUAUCAUGAAUUUCCAGGAGAACGGCCAGGCGUUGUCCAACAAGAUCUUCGCCGGAUGCGGAACUCCUAGCAAAGUGAGAACCAGACGAGACACGGAGGCCCAGCAGCACACUUUCGACUUUCCCGCCAGCAACACUUCCAAAGCGAGGGUCAGGCCCACUACAGCAGCCGGCACCAGCCUUGACCGCCUGGUCAGAGACAUUAAGGAUAAGGUCAAGGCGGCCAAAGAUUUUUGGAUUCAGCUUCCCUACGUCAUCUGCAACAACGAAGGGAUCGCUGCCGCAGCAUCUAAAGAGGACGACUGCUGGAAUGGGCAGGAUAGAGCCAGGUAUGCCCCACCAGUGCAGCAAGAUGGCACCCUGCAUCAAAUCAACAACCCAGAAGUGGAGGUGGAUGUUACAAAAGUCAACACAGUCAUCAGCAGGCAGAAGACACAGCUCAGUCUCAUUAUCAACAAACUUCAGAAUGCACAGAAAGGGGAUGAUGUGGAUUGGAUAGAUACUGAAAUUGACGGUUUAACAAGUGGCAGUGGCAGUGGGGACAUGACUGAAGGAAGUGCUUCUUCUGGUGACAAUCCUGUCACAGAUGAAGAAAAGAAUGGCAAUAUUGACAUCGAUAACCAGCCUACAACCAAGGGUGUCCACACCCGCACCAAGAAACCUGUCUCUGAAAAACCCAAGCCACCAGUUGAGCCACCAAUGCCACCUAAAAGUGAAGACAAUGACAAGUACAGGCCUGGCAGUGGCAAAUCUGACCAGAGACCUGAAACAAAUAACAAGGGUGGAGGAAGACCAAAUGGUUCUCAAUCCAGCUUUGCUUUCUCAUUGAACAUGUUGCUUUUGAUCAUUUCUAUACAAAUAGGAUUGCAACGAAUUUUAGUUUCUUGUUGAUGACAACAGUAUACAACAUGGGAACCUCAAAAACAUGAAAGACUAAACUAUGAAAGACAACUCUAACAAUCAUCUUGUUAAUCUCUACUUUCUUUUUAUUUUUACUGGCCUAUAUAAUUUAGUAAUACAAAAUACAAAUAAAAAACCAAAUGGCCUUAAAACUCACUAGAGCUUCAGGAAAAAAGAAAAGCUCUUCAAAAUUAUGGGAUAUGUGAAUAAUGGCUUCUAACUUCUGUUUGUUCUGGAUUUUUAGAAUGAUGUUGGAUAGUUUGGAUUUUAUUGAUUUAUUUUUUUGCUUCACUGUAGUAUUGAUCUAAAGAGUGGAGCAUUUCUUGGCUUUAACAAGAAAUAUAUCUGAGGUUACAUUUAUAUCCUUUUUUUUUUUUUCGGGGAUGAUUUUACAGGGUGGUCUCUCUUUAAUGUGUCAGGGUGGUUGUUCUUUGUGUUUCUAAGGGAUAUUUUCUAUGGAUACUUGUAUAAACCAAUAGUUUGUCUACAAACUGGCUGGUGCAGGAUGGAUACACAUGGAUUUGUUGUGAUGACAUAAUAAACUUACUGGAUUAAGACUUCAGAAUCUUUUGCUUCUGCAGUGAAGGAAACAUUGGUCCAAUGGCUUUGUACAUAUUAUUGAACAUUGAAAUGUUCUGGAUCAUUGUGGGGACAUGUGUGGUUAGGAUGUGGCCAGGCCUUACAUCCUAGGAUUGUACUGGACUUUGUUCUUUUUUUUUUCCCAUAAAACAACAGCUGUCCAUUGAAUUGUCUGAAAGGAAACACUUCAUCCAUUAAGUAUUGAUGAACAGACGUUGAGAAAUGGCCAUAUUAAUUAAGACCUAACAGUUGAUGUAUAUAUAGUGUUUUAGGCUGAUAAAGGUUUCGGUUUGUCGAAAUAAAUUUGUUUGCAUUCAAAUCUAUUGCAGCAAUGAAGGACCCAAAGCUUUCCUUCCAUAAUCAGCACAUCCCCACCCCCGAAUCAUGGAUGACAUUUAUUUUGAAUACUGUUGAUCCUACACAUUGUGCCGUUUUCCUUGUAAAAACUUUAGAAUCACUGGAUGUCCCACUUUCUGAGAAAGGACACAUACAAGAGCGGCAAUGCAUUACUACACCCAUUGAUAUAUAAAUAUUUAUACAUAUGUUUCUGUUUGAUGAGUGACUUAGUAUUUAUAUAUAUAUAUACAUAUAGAACAGACUUCAUUAUCAACCAGUGUUGUGAAUGGUCUGGACAUGUGUCCAUGCCAUACUUACCAUUGACCACUGAUCAGGACAAAUGGUUAAACACGCUCUUGGACCUAGCUUAGAAUUUUUUACAUUGAUUUGUAAAUGCAGUGAAUGCUGAACUAUUCAUGAUUUCAUACUGCUAAACUGUAAACAUGUUAACAAACAUUGAGUUAAAUCAUUUGUAAAUUAAUUAACAGGACUAAAAAAUCUAAAUAAUAAUUGCCUUUCUUUUUUUUUUUUACAUUGAUUAUUGACUAAAGUCAUCCUAAAAAGUCAGCCUUUGUAUUAUAAGGUUAUUAAGCUGCUUAAUAAAAAAAUCCUAGGUUCAACCCCAGUUUGGGUUGAUUAUUUAUCUCCAGAAAAAUUCUCCUGAAUUCCACUUUGUUCUAAAGAUAGCACCUCAUUCAAGCUGGUUAAGGCAGAUUUUGGUUAAACAACCCAAUAAUGUUUAACAGAUUUUACUUGCUAAUUACUUCCCAUUCUCCUUUAUCUAUUGUUGUCCUGUAACAAAUGUGUUCUUAUUUCACUACAUUGUCUGGAAAGAUUUAUUUAGGUGAAGGUUAUGUGAUGUUUGAGUAGAAAGUCAACAACAGCAAAACUACAAAUGAUCUAAAGUCCUUGACUCCUGGCUGACAUGUCACAGGACUCAGUCCACACAGCACAUAACAUGUACUCUACGUGUAUCCACACAGCACAUAACAUGUACUAUACGUGUAUGUUUGUCACAUUAUGUAUAUAUUUUAUACAUAUAAAAAAAAAACUAUAUAUCUAACUCAAUAUGUAAACAUUGGACAUGAUUCACACACAUUGUGGGAAAAAUAAAAAAAAAAGAAAAGGUUUAACUUAAAAACAAAACCUCAAGAAAACCCAAUAAAACUUAUGGUGUGAACCAAAAUACUGUUUGCAUAAUGUCAGAUUGUAAAGAAGAAUGUGAUGCAUUGUAAACUAUUUGAUUAUUUUUCCCCCAUAGAUAUUUGUACUAUUUCAUGUUAUUACAUUUCACUCUAGUAGUUUUGCUCCUUCUCCCCUUAUAGAUUGUCAGUAUGACUUAAAAUAUUCUUGGACACUAAUUUAAUCUAUUUUUUGAUGUAGCGCCUGGGUUGCAAUGUCAAUUGUUCACUUGUCUUAGUUAAUCAGCAUAAUAUUUCAAUGUUGUUAUUUUUUUCUGAGUACAAUGUAGCUAAUGCAAAGGCUAAAAUAGGAAAUAAUCUUUUAUUUGAUUGGUAUUAUUCAACUUAAAUAUGGUUUUAACUAAGGUGCAUAACAUUUUAGCCAUAUUUUUUUGGGUGACAUUAUAAUUCUUUUAUCACUAAAAAUAUAAAAUCAUGGGAAAUUUUUUUAAGUUGAACAUUUUAAUAGAAAUUGUUUUUUUUUAAAUGCUUGAAACCAAAUGAAUAUUUUAGAUAUUAUAAACUGGAACCCAGCUGGCCAGAUUUUUGUGUGUGAAAUUAAUGUAUGUUAAAAUAAGUUGUACAAUUUUGUUUAAUUUUAGUUUAUUGUUUUGUUCAUAUAUAUAUAUAUAUACAUACAUAUACAGUAAAACCUUGUUAUAUCAUACUUGAAGAUAAUGCCAUUCAAUACAUCCAGUUGGAACUACACAGAUCAGCUGAACCCCUGCCUGUCAGCCAGGACAGAAGAUAAAAUUUGAUGAGACUGGAAUUAUGGUAUUACGAGUUAUGAAAAAAACCCAACUUGGCUUGAUUGUAUCUAACACAUUAUACAUAACAGCGUCUACUAAAAACCACACUGUGAACAUAAAACUAAUACAUGUAUAUGUUUCUAAUAUUGUCACUAGAUAGAUAUAUGCAGAGAUAAAUGUUACCAUCUUGUGUCCUAUAUAAAUCAGCGUAGCGUUCUUCCAGUACUAUUUAUUAGUCAUUUAUAAUAUACCAUGUACAUCUUAUCAUCUGUCAUGUGUACUAAGGGUAAUCCCAUCCUUACUCCAGGACAUCAUUGGGGGAUACAAGUAUAAGAUUUUAUUCACUUGGGUUUACUGAGAUAGUUCAGUGGUUAGCCCUGGUCUUAUAGUGUAUUCAGUGGUCAGCCCUGGUCUAUAGUCUAUAGAGUGGCCAGACCUGGUCUAUAGUCUAUGCAGUGGACAUCACUGGUAUGUAGUCAAUAUUUUGGUCGACCCUGGUCUAUAUACUGUGUGGCUAUCCAUAUCAACAUAAUUAGUAGGUAUAAGAUGGGCUGGAAAAACUAUUUUUACUUCAUUGUCAACUGUGAAAUGCCCUAAGAGUCAUUCAGAUCUGACAUGUUUUAAUGCAUAGACAGACAGCUUAGAAUGAAUAGAUUGCAUAUAAACAGAUUUUGUCAACAUGUUGUAUUUUUGCCACAUGGGGCAUAGGUUAUAAAAAUUGACAUCAAAAUUUGGCACAACUUAACUCUCAGAGCUUAAUAAAAACAUUCACAGUAUAAUUAUAUCUAUUUAUUCAGUUUGGUGUAAAUUAGGAAAUAGAUUUCAUUUACUAAGACGUUGUGCUGUGUACAGAAGCCUUACACUUUGUAAUGUAACCUUAAAUAUUGAAGAGAAUUAAGAUAAUUGUUUUUAAAAUGUUUCAUUUAUUGAAAACAAUCAAAAGAAUUAUUUUAUGGUAGAUUUAAUCUAUACAGUAUCCCCUUGUAUUUAUAAUUCUACAAUGACUUCAGUACUAGGUCGAUUCUUACUUUUUUUUCAAUUUAUAGUCAUUGUUAACUUCCUGCAUCAAAAUAAUAAAAUUAGUUUUUUUCCAACUUUAUCCAAAUAUUCCCAAUGUUGUAAAAUUUCAAUAUGAUUGAUUUCCAUCUUAAAAGAAUGUGUUUGAACUAGAGACUCAAUGACUGCUCUGCUCACUUUUUUUUUUCCAUAAAAAACAAUAAAUAGAGAUUGCAGAAAAUUUUUCUUAAAUAUCCAUCAAUGCUACACCUGCAAUAGUUGGUGUCUGAGGGUAAAACUGGCUUGAAUAAUUAUUCUAAAAUUUAGUGUUGAAUUGGGCCACAGAGUUAAGUUUUGCUAAAUUUUUUGACAUAAUUGUAACAUGUGUUGUAAGUACUAAGUAUUUAGUGAAAGGAAUAUUGUCAGGCCAACUUGGUGCUCUUGUAUUGGGCAGCUUACUAUAGACGUUUAGUCAUUCGGAUCCGAUUGUAAUAUUUUAAGUCAAUAGAAUUAUGUUGCUUUAUUUGCAAUUUUAGUUGGUCAGAUAAUUUAUAAACAUUACAAUACAAAAUUCCUGUUCAACAAAUCUGGUAGAGUAAUUCUGUAGAGCACAUUUGCAUUAAUUUUUUUUUUUAACUACCUCAAAAAUUUGUUCCCCCCAUAAGUCAGAGUUGGACACUAUUGUCAAUUAUUCAUUGGAUAUUUGUAUACAUUUUUUAACUACGUAAACCAAAAAAUUUGUUGUUAGUUUCUUUUUUGUUUUUACAUUUUGGGUUCAAUAUGUGUGUGUUGUUCAUUCUUUAUAAAUAGACUUCUAUAAAUAAACAUAUUUAUUUUAGUUGGAGCGACUGAAUGAGAUUGUGCAUAUAUAAAGAUUGUUUGGUGAUGAUUGACUGGGUUAAAGAAAUGAUCAUGUCUAGACACAGUAUUAAUAGUCAAUAUUUUUUAUUGUCGCUUUUUUUGUAAAACAUCUCUAACCUUCAUAAGACAUUAGGGAAAAAAAGGAAUUCAAUUUUUUUUUUUCUGAAAAUUUAGCUCAGAAAGGUGUUUAAUUUAAUGUUACUUAAAAAACAACUACAUCUUUUAAAACUCAAUUUAAUACAUUUUAUUAAGAUAAACUAAGUUUUAAUCGCUAUGAAAUAAAAUUAUAAAGUAACUGUAUUGAUGAGAGUCAGUAUAUUUUGGUGUUUAAAAUUAUAUCCAGAGGCAUGGACAUGAUUGUUUUCAUGUAUAUAUUCAAUCUUUGUAUUUUGAUUUUGUGUAAAAGAAGAGAAACAGAGGGCUUCACCACAAGUUCUGCAGAAUGAAGCCCAAUGAAAAUUCCUUUGGAAGAUAGCAUUUGCAAACUGGUAAACUAAAUAAUGUGUGCCAGUUGUUUUUUUUUAAAGAUGUCUAUUAUUACUUUUUUUUUUCAUUGAUACAAAAUACUUUUGUGCCUGACACCAUUCUUUGUCAAGUGUCAAGAUGAAACUUUGAAAGUAUAAAUUCUGUUCCCCUGUUCUUGGGAGGUCAAAGGUGCAUAAUGCUCACCUGUUCAAUAAGACUGUCAUGUUUGUGUUAUGAUAAUAAUGUAUACUAUUUGCUCUAUGUAAUCUGACAUAAUUAUUAAAAGAUGCUCCUGGACUAAAUCUG